AAAUCUUUUGUUCUUUUAUUCAGAGCUCUGAAGGUACAGGUGACACAGAGUGCAAAGCAGUCUAUGUGUCAAGUCAAACUGGAAGGAGCUGAAAACUCAAAGGAGAAGCAUUUACGCACAGGUCCUACACUCAGCUGGGGCGGAAACAAUCUGCGGCUGCAGGUUUGCCACCGGCGGCAAAAAAGGGGACACACGCAGCACUGAGGAGGAACUGAGAAUGAAUGACCGAGUUCAAACAAAGUGUCCGUGAGUUUCUGUUGGGAAAGCAUCAAGAUCUGCGGCAAACUGUGCAGGAUUGCCUUCAUCUCCAAAAUCCGGGUUGCAGCCGGUGAUUGGCAGGAGGAGGAGAGUCUGACGGAGGAGCAGAGGAAUGUUGGCAGCCAUUUAGUCUGAGCUCAACAACGGAGGAAACAUGGAUUCUUCACAAAAAAAAUGUAAACACAGCAAUGGAGUGAGAUGUCGGACCUCUGAGGAGGAUAAGGAUGGUUCGGCAACAACAGCAAAAAGAGAUGAAUCACUCAGUUGUGAGCAAUGUGGCACAACAAAAAAGCUAAGAAUUCACAAACGUAUUCACACUGUGGAGAAACCAUUCAGCUGUGAUCAAUGUGGAAAGGCUUUUACUAAGAAGAGUCACUUAAAAAGCCAUCAACUCAUUCACAGUGGAGUUAAGCCAUUCAGCUGUGAUCAGUGUGGAAAGGCUUUUACUAAGAAGAGUAAUCUAACAAGUCAUCAACUCAUUCACAGUGGAGUGAAAUUGUUCGGCUGUGAUCAGUGUGAAAAGGCUUUUACUCAUAAGAGAAUGUUAAUAGGUCAUCAACUCGUUCACAGUGGAGUUAAACCAUUCAGCUGUGAUCAGUGUGGAAAUGUUUUUACUGAAAAGAGUCACUUAAGAAGACAUCAACUCAUUCACAGUGGAGUUAAACCAUUCAGCUGUGAUCAGUGUGGAAAGGCUUUUACUGAAAAGAAUCACUUAAGAAGACAUCAACUCAUUCACAGUACAGUUAAACCAUUCAGCUGUGAUCAGUGUGGAAAGACUUUUACUACCAAGCCUCUGUUACGAAGUCAUCAACUCAUUCACAUUGGAGCGAAAUUGUUCGCCUGUGAUCAGUGUGGAAAGGCUUUUACUCACAAGACAAGGUUAAGAGAUCAUCAACUCAUUCACAGUGAAGUUAAACCAUUCAGCUGUGAUCAGUGUGGAAAGGCUUUUACUCGGAAGAGUAACUUAAGAAGACAUCAACUCAUUCACAGUGGAGUUAAACCAUUCAACUGUGAUCAGUGUGUGAAAACAUUUACUCAACAUGAACGGUUGUUGAUCCAUCAAUGCCCCCAUUCUGGUAGAAAGCGGUACCACUGUGACUCCUGUGAAAAAUCUUUCAAACACCAACAGAGCUUAAAAUGUCACCAACGCAUCCACACUGGACAUGAUGUGUAUGUGUGUGAUCACUGUGGCAAACCAUUUGUACUUUACUCACAGUUAAAAGCUCAUGAAGUGACCCACACUGGGGUUAAACCAUACCUUUGUGACCAGUGUGGGAAACGCUACAGCUACAAUGCAAACCUCAAAGUUCACCAAUGUGUCCACACUGGGGAGAGACCAUACAGAUGUGACAAGUGUAAGAAGACUUUUACAACUUUGGGUUCCCUGAAACAACACCAGCAGAUCCACACCAGAAAGAAAGCAUUCAAUCAGUGUCACAGUGAGCAGAACGGAACAGAUGGACAAAACCCUCAGACUUGUCAGCACUCUGCCAAUGGUGAACAGUGCUGCUUUGACCAGUCUGGACCAAUGUCCAGCCAACAGGGAACCCUACAAUGACACCAGCGUAUGCACACUGGACACAGACUGAACCUCUGCCAAGAAGAUUUGUCCAUGCAGGGUUCAGUAAAAGUUCAUGAAGUCCUCCACAAACUUAAAGUCCUUGAGAUCCGGCUUCACAGAAUUCAGGUCUAAUUUCUCGUUUAGUGUCUUCGUUGCUUCGUUGCAAAAUCCAUUAAGAGGAAAGCUGUCGUUAACAGACGUGACUGGUAAAUUAAUUAUACCAUUCAAAGUGGUUACUCAGUUAUUAUCAGUGGUAGAGGGAUAGACGUCUGGAUGGUGGCAGUGAGCAGCAGGGUGAAUUUAUUAACCCUAUCUAUCUAUCUAUGAAGAAUCUCUAAUAUUGAACAAGUAGAUUAACUAAUCUCUGAUUAUGUAUGAGUUGAAAUAUAAAAAACAUGAAGUGUUGGAUGAAAAGUCCAAUCUUUCAAAGCUGACAUGUAGUUUAGAAAAAUUUCUUUGUAAAUUAGCUGCAUCCAGUCAUUAGCAUGACAUUGGCAUCAUGGAACCAUGACCACAUAUAUGUGUCUGGAGAUGGUGGCGUUUUUAUAACGGCACAUUUUCAUGCUUUGACAGAUAAAGUGAGGGAUAAAAGUUUUCAGGCACCCUGAAAAUUUUUACACAUCUUAAAGAUUAUCAUGAAAUAUUUAAGUCUUUUUUUGUGUGUGUUUCUAAGGGUGUGGCUGCAUCAGAAAGACACAAACUCGACGAGCCCUCAGUAGAGGCCAGAACCACGCCCUCUACUGGCGAAAAUCCUGUCCUCCCUAUACAAAUGAUGCAAUAUGUAUCAGUUUUGAUCAUGCUACAUAUAUCCCUUCCUACUUGAUCUGCUGACCUGUAACUCCACAAGUGAGCAGGGGACCUUAGACUAAUCUUCAGUGUAAAGUUUGAUUAUCCUCACUUCAGCACUUGCAGAGAUAUCUGACCGGACAUACCUCGCCACAUACCUACAUACAUACAUACUUACCCAGCCAGCCAGCCACGUACCGAAGCGAAUGCAGUAACCCCACUGACGUUCGUCAGGCGUGGUUAAUGAUAUUUAUUUGGUUUGUUGUUUACAAGGAAAACUAACAAAACUAAAUUCUACCAAAUUUCUCAUUUUAUGGAACUAGUCAAUUUUCAGUUUUUAAUGUAUUUUUUUUGGAUGUGUUUAGUUUUUGAUUGUACUAAAAUAAAUGACUCUUAAAGACCAGUAUUUCACAAAUGUAUGGGAUGUCCAAAAACUUUUUUCCACUGCUGUAUUUAACAGCAAUCUGAUCUGCUGAUGUUAACAAGACAAACAAGUGAAGGUUUCAGGCUUUUAUCUAGAAUUGCUCUUGGGAUAUUCAUCUUCAAACAGCCUCAAAUUUCAAUGUGAGAAAAUAAAAAUGAGUGAAACUGGAUCUACAGUCCACUGAAAAACCUCUAAGAAAGUAUCUGACAUACUGAGCUAAUAUUUCAUAGAUACCAUUAGAAAUAUCCAUAGUUUAUGAUUUAAAAAAGUUUUUUGAAACGGAGUUCCACUGUUGAAAAACCUCAAUCUCUGAUUCCAGCAUCAGUGCUCCAUUGUUGCAGUUGUAACGUUGUCUUUCAGAUGGUCCUAACACAGGCCACAACUGCUCUGGAAACAACACUCAUGUUCUUGUUUGGAACAGUUUCUCAGUAGAAAUUACGCAGCAAUGUCCAAGUUCUCAGCGGCUCCAGUAAGGAAGAGACUUAAUGUGAGGAAAAGCAUCCUUUGACUUCUUGCUGGAGGUUUUUCUUGUCAGAAAUUGUCUUCCAGUGAGGGACUUCUGACUCUCUGUUCACUUUUCUUGCCCUCUAAUAUUGUUAAAACACAAGAAUCAAUGUUUUGCUUCAAAUCACAUUGUAUUUGCAUGUAGCUCUGUGUUUUCUGCUCCAGGAAUUGGGUGAUGUGUACGACCCAGCACCCACAGCUGGUUGGGUGUCAUGUGGCUCUGUGUUCUGAUUGGAUGAUUGUCCAACCACUGCCACAAGUAUGAAGGUCAUCCUGCAGGCGUGGCAGAAACACAAUAGGGCUGAAUCCCAAACCGCCCCUUACACACUAUCCCUACACACUACGGCUGAAUCCCAAACCGCCCCCUACACACUAUCCCUACACACUACCCCUCCGUUUGUGCGUUCCCCCGGAGGGUCCUCCAUAUUAAGGGCCGUCCCAAACCGCGUCGUGCGCAGGGGGAGUGGACUGUUCAGCCCUUAAAUAGCGAGUCUGCAUCGAUGCUCACUCUGGACAACUUUGUCAGGAAGUGCAACGUCGAAAUGGAGGAGGAAACAACAUCUCGAUGUAAGUUCCACAUGCGUCCAUUAUUUCUCCCACGCCUUUUUCACACUGACAGAACAUCACAAAAAGAGUGAUGGAAAAAGAUAAAACAAAAGAAACAAAUCUUCUCUGCUGACGUUUGAUUUAAUUGUGCACCCCCUGACACCUUAAAAUUUGAACGGAACUGACAGAAUUCAUUUAUUCAUUCAUUUGUUGGAUUUGAAAUGCCAGAUAAUAGAAUUGGAAAACAUGUGGGAUGACUUCAAAUUAUUUGAAGCAGAAUGUAGCCCCUACAUCAUUGUCUGCAACCUGUGCCACAGCGCUACAGCCAUGCACAGUAGGCGUCUUUGUGUUACCAUGGCGAUGACGUCUUCCGUUUUCCGGUGAGGCGACAGGGCGUCCCAUUCCUGACGAUCGUAUUUAUACCCUCCCCUUCAAUUAAAGUGCCCUCCACAGCUGCGAGUGUGACUUCUUUUGGAGUGACACUCGGUAGUGGAGGGGGAGUGUGUAGGGGGCGGUUUGGGACGAAGCCUUGGUGUGUUCAUGUGGCCAUGCUGAGGAAUCCCUCUGCUUCAAGCUAGUGGAGAACAUCAUAGUAGGUGCUGGUUACUGCCCCCUAGAGGUCUCUAACAGGCGUAAACUAACCGUGACGUCACCCGUUGGUUUCAACGCCGAGAAAAUGAAGCCCGGA